AUGUUUCAAUUCGGUGCAUCUAAUAACAAUGCACAAUCAGGUGGAUCUCUUGGAGGCACUACCACAUUCGGAAGUCAGCCAGCUACCGGAGGUCUAUUUGGUAACAAUGCUGCUAAACCUGCAUUUGGGGUAUCUAACUCCACAGGUAUGAAUACAGCGCCUACUGGCAGUUUAUUUGGUAAUAACAGCAACAACUACGGAUCAACAAAUCAAGCAUCAACUCCCUUGGGAGGUUUAUUUGGUAACAACACUCAAACUAACACUUUAGGUGGUGGAUUAUUUGGGAACAAUAAUAAUAAUAACAAUAAUGCAUCGGCUCCAAGUACUGGAUUAUUUGGUAAUACUAAUAACACUCAAGCAGCGGGAACAAAUACAUUGGGUAGUACAGGAGGGUUAUUCGGUGCCAAGACUCAAUUGGGUUCUGCUAACACAAAUGCACCUGGUGGUUUAUUUGGAAAUAAUAGCAAUACGCAACAAAAUACUAAUACUUUAGGAGGAGGUCUCUUUGGCAAUAGACCUCAGACCAUGAACACUGGAACUACAGGAGGAUUAUUUGGUAACGUCCAACCUCAACAACAGCAACAGCAACAAACUGGAUUUGGGAUCAACUCCACUCAACCAUCGUUUGCAUGGUCACAACAGACACAAACUCAGCAGCCUCAACAAAAUCAAUCACAACUUCAAUCCAAUCCAAUGCUAGGAUCUUUAAAUUUACAAACGCCAUCGUCAUUAACUUUACAGCAACAGCAAUCUGCUAAUUAUCCACAACAGAUACAAGAACAAAUAAUUAAAUGUAAGGAGUCGUGGGAUCCAUCAAGUUCCAAAUCUAAAUUGAGAACUUUUGUAUACAAUAAAGUUAAUGAGCAAGAGGCAUUAUUAUAUAGUAAGCCUGUUAAUAUAUUACAGGAUGAAUGGGAUCAAGCUGUUCGGAAUAAACCAAACAAUAACGUUAUCCCUGUCGAAUUAUUGGGCUUUGAAGCUCUAAACCAAAGAAAUCUACUUCAAAUAGAAAAUGUUGCACAAAUUAGAAUCAUACUAAAACAAUUGUUGGAGAAAAAUACUCAAUUACAACAACGCCAUGAAAUAGAAAUUGCAUCCAGAAUAUUAAAAGUUACUAGCAAAAAUGUCGAAAUUGAAAGCAGAUUAUUGAAACUAGGAUCGCAGUUAGCUUUAUUGAAAAAUAGAGGAUUGCCAUUGAAUGUUACAGAGGAGAAAAUGUGGACUCAAUUCAAGGCGUUAUUGAAACGUAGCCAGGAUCCAUCUGGUUUAGGUAAGACUAAUGAAUUAUGGGCCAGAUUGGCCGUAUUGAAAGAACGUACUAGAAAUAUAUCGGAUCAGUUAGAUAAUACAUUGGUAACGAUAAAUCAAAAUGGUGGUGGAUCCACCUCAACGAAUAAUUCGGCAAAGCCCGGAUCGACGUCGUUGAAUAGACAAAUAAGUGAGGAUCCAGCUAAUGAUAUUAACGUUGAUAAGAUUGCCCAUAUUUUGGCGAAUCAACAAAAGGGUAUAACGUACUUGCAAGAGGUACUUGAUAAGGAUCAAGCUGUUGUAGAAGGGCUUGAAAAGGGAAAAUAA